CCUUCUCUUUCUCAUGGAUUCCAUUUCCAUCUUCUUAUAUAGCCUCCCAAUAUUUUGUCUAUUCUUCAUAAUAUGGAAGAUGAUAGAUCAAAAAAGGCACCAAACUUGUUACAUUUUAGACUACCAAUGCUACAAACCAACCGAUGAUCGAAUGCUUAGCACAAGAUUUUGUGGUGAAGUGAUUAGAAGAAACAAGAAUCUUGGGUUAAAUGAGUACAAAUUUCUUCUCAAAGCCAUAGUAAGCUCUGGCAUAGGUGAACAAACAUAUGCACCAAGAAUGGUCUUUUAUGGUCGUGAAGAAUGUCCAACUUAUAAUGAUGGUAUUUCAGAAAUGGAUGAGUUUUUUCAUGAUAGUAUUGACAAACUUUUCAAGAAAACAAAAAUCCCCCCUUCACAAAUUGAUGUACUUGUUGUGAAUGUAUCAAUGCUUGCAACUAUGCCUUCAUUAUCUUCAAGAAUUAUCAAUCACUACAAGUUGAGGGAAGACAUUAAGGUAUAUAAUCUUACUGGGAUGGGGUGUAGUGCUAGCGUUAUUUCGAUAAAUAUCGUACAAAAUAUUUUCAAGAUUCAAAAGAAUAAAUUAGCAUUAGUUGUGACAUCAGAGUCUUUAAGUCCAAAUUGGUAUUCUGGAAACGAUAGAUCUAUGAUUCUUGCUAAUUGUUUGUUUAGAUCAGGUGGUUGUGCAAUAAUUUUGACAAAUAAAUUGGAUUUGAAAAAUAAAGCUAUGUUCAAGUUGAAAUGUUUAGUUAGGACACACCAUGGUGCAAAAAAUGAGUCAUAUAAUUGUUGCAUACAAAACGAGGAUGGUCAUGGCAGGGUAGGGUUCCAUCUUGAUAAAAAUCUUCCCAAGGCUGCUACAAGGGCAUUUGUUGAUAAUCUGAAAGAAAUUGCUCCAAAAAUACUUCCAAUUCGAGAGCUUGUUCGAUUCACGAUUGUCUCUACUGCUUGGAGAAUAUUGAGCCAUAAUUCGAGAAAACUCAGAUCUUGUCGCCCCAUGAUCAAUUUCAAGACAGGUGUAGAUCACUUUUGCCUUCAUACAGGAGGAAAAGCAGUGAUUGAUGGAAUAGGUACAAAUUUGAACCUAAGUGAAUAUGAUUUGGAGCCAGCAAGAAUGACAUUACAUAGAUUUGGCAACACUUCUGCUAGUAGCCUUUGGUAUGUUCUUGGUUACUUGGAGGCUAAAAAGAGACUAAAAAAAGGUGAUAAAGUUUUUAUGAUUAGUUUUGGUGCUGGAUUUAAGUGUAAUAGUUGUUUAUGGGAAGUUGUUAGAGAUUUGGGUGAUGGAAAUGUUUGGGAAGAUUGCAUUCAUAAUUAUCCACCAAAAACACUAGAAAAUCGUUUCUUGGAAAAAUUUGGUUGGCUUCAAAAUGAAGAUCCAAGCACAUUUUAUGUACCAGAUGACUAUGUCAUCCCUUGAUCUAUAGACUUU